CCUCCACAUGCAUUCAUCCCAUCUCAUCGUCAUCGAUCAUCUCAUUGCACCUGUAGCAAAGCUAGCUAGCUAGGUCCUCUCACAUGGAGGCCCUCGAUCAUUCCGGUAACAUCUCUCUGAGCCUAAGCUAAGCUAGCUAGUACUUGGAGCUAAACCUUUCCUUUGCUUCCUUCCUUGCGCUGUUGCCCUAUAAAUAGCGCCCAAAGCUCCAUUGCACUACCACACAACACUCACUCGGCUAGGCAGAUCGAUCUAGCAGCUGCUAGUAGCAAAACCCUGCGCGCAUACACUGUAGUAUAGCAAGCUCUGCUAAGGCAGCCAUGGCGAAGAAAGCUGCCGCGAUCGCCACGCUGCUGGCCCUGAACCUCCUCUUCUUCACCUUCUCCGACGCCUGCGGCUGCCACUGCGACGGCUCCUGCCCCAGCCCCGGCACCGGCGGCGGCGGCGGCGGCGGAGGAGGAGGCGGAGGCGGCGGCGGCGGUAGUGGGCCAGGCGGAGGCAGCGGCGGCUCCGGCGGAUCCGGCGGCAGCGGAGGCGGCGGAUCGGGCGGUGGAGGAUCCGGCAGCGGAGGCGGCGGCUCAGGAGGAGGAGGAGGAGGUGGCUCAGGGUCAGGGGGGCUAGGAAGAUGCCCGAUCGACGCGCUGAAGCUGGGGGUGUGCGCGAACGUGCUCAACGGGCUGAUCAACCUGGAGCUUGGGACGCCGCCCAAGAAGCCGUGCUGCACGCUGAUCCAGGGGCUGGCGGACCUGGAAGCCGCGGUGUGCCUGUGCACGGCGCUAAGGGCGAACAUCCUGGGCAUCAACCUCAACGUGCCCAUCGACCUCUCCCUCCUCGUCAACUACUGCGGCAAGCGUGUCCCCACAGGCUUCCAGUGCCCAUGAUCAUGCAUCCAUUCCUACCUUAGUGAUCCAACCGCAGUACUACCGCAUAUCCUUUCAAUUUCCUUCGUCUUCGUUGUUGCUCGAUCGUCGUCCCAUGAUCUCAUCCACCAACUAUAUACACGUACGUGUAAUGUAUGCCCGUACUGGUACCACUGUACUAUACUUGCUUAAUUUUCAUCCAUCACUCGCUAGCUCUUGCCGUUUUGUUUUAAUUUCAUGUGCUACUAGCUUGUAUGCUAGUGAUCGCUAGCUUAGCUAGUGAUCUCUCUGUCGUCGUUUGCUGUAGUAAAUGAUGCAUGUACUACAGCAUGCUAGUACUACUAUAUACCUGUUUUAUUUGCUUUCGUUUGUUAAUUCAAGAGCUCAUGUGUCCUUAUUUCCAAUUCCUUAAUAUAUCAAUGAGCUCAAUAAAGGAACUGAA